AUGACACAAAUGAAGCGGCCAUGCUCCCCUACGCCCCUCCCCUCCAAGCGCGUUUCUACAACCGCUUGCCUCACAACUGAUGCCCUCAAGGAGCAUGACCGAAACACACGCCCUGUCUCUCUAAUCACGCGUCUCGAUAUAGCCUCAGAGCAGAGCACAAGCGGCAUACCAGGGGAGAUCCCAAUACUUUCCCCAUCCACCCGCUCCUCACAACGGUCGCGGUCCAGCAGCCCCUCCAGGCUAAGUGACGCGCAAUAUCGUUACAGACUUCUCCGGCGUGCAAAUAUCUUUGUUGAUGAUGAGAUCCCCAUGGACAUUCAGCAUGAGACAGAGAACAAGGUUUUCAAUGUACUCUUUGAUACUGACGACAGUAAUUUAUACAAGGUUUCUGAGAAGUUCUGGCAUAAAUCCAAAGAACUGGUCAGAAAACUAUCAGGGGAGGCCGAAUGGACAGAAGCAUUUUACACGGCAAUUGACGAGUUGAAACCCGAUGGGCUCGAAGUUGCGCGCAAUCGAGACUGGCGUGAGGAUCUAAAACCUCCAGUAUAUAAUCCUCUUUCUACCAUCCCGCGGAAACGAGACCGGUCACAUCGAAUCGUACCGGGAUACACAGUCGAACCAACCAUUCCUAUAUUCAAGCUUAAAGAUCCACGUCCAGACAUAUGUGUCGGUUUGUCCGAUGAGAACUUAGCAAACGCUCUUGUACCUAAGAAGGGCCGUAGCGCUGCACGAAGAUUUCUAGUUGACCUGCAAGAAACCUCCAGCCUUAUCAGUGACCCCCACGUCACACCUCUUGGCCUUCGAUUCCCUUUUCUGGUAGUCGAAGCAAAGGCUGCUGCAACUGGGGGGAACUUGUACCAAGCACAGAAUCAAGCUGCAGUAGGUGGUUCAGCAGCACUUCAAAUCUUGAAGAAUCUUUCGGAUCUCCAAGAUUUGGACGAAGAGGGCCAAGAAAUUACUGAAGACGGCCCUGUGGUAGCCCAAGAUUUGCCAAACACCAAGUUGCGCCUCGCCUUCUCUGUCACCACAGAGGGCCCAAUUCACGAAUUAUGGAUUCAUUUCCAGAAGCCCCGAGAAGAAGAUUUUUACAUGGUGUGCUUGGGAACCUGGAGAACGACAUUGAAAGACGGUUCAUUGAAUUUCUUACGGCAACUUUCAGCUAUAUUGCGAUGGGGAAGUGGUGAAUUAAAGGAUGACAUUAUUAGUGUCCUUCAGGAUAUAUAA